AGAACAGAAGGACUCUAUUUCCCUCAGAAAUCACCUUACAAGUGGUCUGAAGAAUGGUUGGAAAAUGUGCCAGUUGAUCAUUUUUCAUUCGGUAACAGGGAUAGUUUUAAAUUAAGAUAUUUCAUCAACACUGAUAGCUAUGAAGAAGGUGGCCCGAUAUUUUUCUACACCGGCAAUGAGGGUAAAUUAGAAGGAUUUGCUCAGAAUACGGGCUUCAUGUGGGAUAUAGCUCCCGAGUUCAAAGCUGCAGUGGUAUUUGCCGAACAUCGUUUUUAUGGGAAAACACAACCGUAUGGUGAAAAGAGUUACAAUACAACGGAACAUCUCGGAUAUCUAAGUUCAGAACAAGCUUUGGCAGAUUUUGUGCUACUGAUUGAUUAUCUAAAGCAACAGAGGCUAAAAGGUGCGGAAAACUCGGCAGUGAUAGCAUUUGGAGGAUCGUACGGUGGUAUGUUAUCGGCAUGGAUUCGAACUAAGUAUCCACAUAAGGUUGAUGGGGCUAUUGCAGCUUCAGCUCCGGUUUUCUGGUUUAUAGAUUCAGAUGUACCAGAAGACAUAUAUGACAAAAUUGUUACCCGAUCUUUUAUCAAUGCUGGCUGCAAUCGUAAGGCCGUUGAGAAGGGUUGGCGCGCUUUACAAAACCUUGCACAUACUGAUGAAGGUCGGAAUUACCUCAAUGAAAUCUUUCACUUGGAAGAGAAAUCUCGCCUUGAAACUCAAGACGAUCAUAAAUUUCUUGCUGCUUUCAUAAGAGAAGUCUUUGAAAGCAUGGCAAUGGUAAAUUAUCCUUAUCCAACGGAAUUCUUAUCACCGUUGCCAGGCUGGCCAGUUAAGGAAGCCUGCAAAUUUUUGGUGACAGUCCCAAAAUCAGAUAAGGAAGCUGCCAGACAGCUGUAUGAGGUUACAAACCUUUACUACAAUCAUACUGGCACAACUGAGUCCUUCUGCGCUAAUGCCGAACGAUGCGCUGGUGCAUUCGCUGCACUCGGUGAUCCAAUGGGUUGGCCUUGGCAGUCAUGCACCGAAAUGGUGAUGCCACUAUGUGGAAGUGGCUGGCCGAACGAUUUCUUUUGGAAAGAUUGUCCAUUUACAGUUGAGGGAGCUGCGCAGAACUGCAGAACAUGUUUGGUUGAAAAAUCCUAUGGUUCUAUAAAUGGUUUCCUUGACCCCUGGUCAGGAGGUGGAUGGUCACUCAAACCAAAAAUAGAGGGAUCGCUAAUUUCGAUAAUUUUGAAAGAGGGAGCACAUCAUUACGAUCUUCGUGGAGCUCAUCCAGAUGAUACAGAAGAGGUAAAAGAAGUCCGCCAAAUGGAAAAAGCUCAUAUCAAAAAGUGGAUUCAAAAAGCAAAUGCAGCAAGAACGUAAAG